GGCUUUUUUAUUGCGUACGCUUAGAAUCGGCGCUGUUUCUUCUUCCCCUUCUCUUUUACCGCCUUCUCUCUCUUUCAAUCCUUUCUAGAUUCCUGCAAGAAUCUCCUAAUUUUGGAAUUUCUCUCUGGAUUCUCAUUUUUUAAUCUUAUUUCCUACUUCUGCUAGUUUUUUUUUUGGCAUUUUUGGUUCUCAUUUCUUCAGCGAUGAUGCAGCGAUUCGUCGAUAAUGCCAUUGCAAUAAGUAAAGAGUCAGUGAAGACAAUCACCUUUGAAUCCUUGAACAAUAUUUUUAGACUGAUAAAUGGUAUCUCGGCUGUUCUGCUGGCUUUUUUGCCCGGGAAAGCGACCAUUCUGGAAGGUCUUCAUGGCUGGGAACUGAGACCUACAUUUUGUGGACCUAGACUUCCACGAUGGAUGGGAAAUGGUGUUUCUUCUUUCAACCAGUUGAUUCAUAAGCUGUCUGUGGAUUCUGAUUGCUCAAGUGUGGAUUACUCCUCUGGGGAAGAUGAUGAUGGAUAUGAAUCACCUGCAUCGCCUAGAUCUCGAAGUUCAUAUGCUUCGUGGGCAAGUACUGUGUGGGAGUAUGAUAAGCAUCAGACAACAUUUGAGUACAUACUUUCAUGGAUUUUGUGUCCUUUUAAAUUCUUGUUUGGGUUACCUAUUCGGUUCUUUCAUCUUUUAUUCUUAAGAGGAAACUUAUCCUCACAAUCCCCGCACACUUCAUAUCUUCAUUCGCCUAGAAAAUUACCUAGUCUAAGGGAUCAUUUUGUUCACUGUGCAACUGAUCGCAGAAGAGGAGUUAUUGAGGAUCUUCAUCUAGCCACUGAAAUCUGUAUAGAAGCUGUUUUUGAUGCCGUUCACAAGGCAGUGCAUUUGAUGCUCUCUCCAUCAGAGGCUGUCAAAAUUCUUUCUGAAGAGGUGUUUCCUCAAUGGACUAAAAAUGUUCAUGUCAAAGAGUUGGUUGAAAAUGUCUCUACAUCUGUGCUUGGAGAAGAUGAACCGGCUCAUACUGAGAGGAAAAUAUCAUUUCAUCCUCUUAAUACAGAUGCAAGAACUUGUCAAGACGUCAUCACAGAACUUGGGUAUCCCUAUGAAGCGAUCCACGUGGUUACGGAAGAUGGGUAUAUUCUUCUUCUGGAAAGAAUCCCAAGGCAUAAUUCAAGGAAGGCGGUUUAUUUGCAGCAUGGAGUAUUUGACUCUUCUAUGGGUUGGGUGUCCAAUGGAGUAGUGGGCUCUCCUGCUUUUGCAGCUUUUGAUCAAGGCUAUGAUGUUUUCCUUGGGAACUUCCGGGGUCUGGUUUCAAGGGAACAUGUCGACCGGAACAUUUCUUCAAGACAGUAUUGGCGGUACUCCAUCAAUGAACAUGGGACUAAGGAUAUUCCUGCGAUGAUCGAGAAAAUUCACAAGGUGAAAACCUCUGAAUUGAAGUUAUGUUACCCCGACUUGGAUAAAGAAAAUGGUGAUCAGCAGCCGUAUAAUCUUUGUGCAAUUUGCCACAGUUUAGGAGGGGCUGGCGUUCUUAUGUAUGCUAUCACACGUCGAAUUGAGGAGAAGCCUCAUAGACUCUCAAGGCUCAUAUUACUAUCACCAGCUGGUUUCCAUGAUGAUUCAAACCUUGCGUUUACCCUAGUUGAGCAUCUAUUCCUUGCAUUGGCCCCCAUCUUGGUAAAAAUAGUACCAGCUUUCUAUAUACCUACUCGAUUUUUCCGUAUGCUGUUGAAUAAGUUGGCCCGUGACUUCCACAGCUACCCUGCUGUUGGUGGUUUGGUUCAGACUCUUAUGAGUUACGUCGUUGGAGGAGACAGUUCUAACUGGAUUGGGGUCUUAGGUUUACCCCACUACAACAUGAAUGACAUGCCAGGAGUGUCAUUCUAUGUGGCUCUUCAUUUAGCACAGAUGAAACGAUCUGGAAAGUUUAGGAUGUUUGAUUAUGGGAACCCAGAAGCUAACAUGCAGGUUUAUGGCUCUACUGAACCACUGGAUUUGGGGGAGUGGUUUGAUCUUGUCGAUGUUCCAGUCGAUCUGGUUGGGGGUCGGAAGGAUAAAAUCAUUCGUCCAUCAAUGGUCAGAAAGUAUUAUAUUUUGAUGAAAGAAGCUGGAGUGGAGGUAUCAUACAAUGAAUUCGAGUACGCUCAUCUGGACUUCACGUUUUCUCACCGAGAAGAACUUUUAGCAUAUGUGAUGUCGCGUUUGCGGCUGGUAAAAUCUACUCUAUGAAACAACUAGGUUGUUGAGAUGGAGUUUGGAAGAAGGAUUUCUAUGAUCACACUAAUUUAUGGUAGUUUAAACUCGACUCUUGAUAGUACGUUUACGUCUUGAAAGGUGUCGACCGGUGUACAAUGUACAUAAUCACAGUUAUAUCUGUACUAUGUAGUGUUGCAUUAUAAGAGUAAGAUUUAGGGAAGGUCCUUUUAUUAGCCUUCCACUUCCCUGUCGUUUUAUCUUAGUGGGAAGUGGAAAAUGCAUGUACAAGUAUUAACAUGUAGUUUCUAGCCUGUUUUGCUUUGGAUACUAGAAAAUCAGUGUAAUGAAAGUUUAUAACUUAAAACCUUUGUUGAUAAAACUGUUUUUAACAUCCAAGUCAAUAGUAAAAAAAAGUACUUUAUCAUGU